ACCAUGCAAGUAAAUAUCGCACCGUCUCCUUCUCGCAGUCCAAGAUAGUCCUCUCCCAUCGCACUUCACUCUAGCCCACCUGCUCCUGACCCUCACAGCUUUCUAUUACUUCUUUGGCCCAUCUCAAGAUUAGCUUCGUAGUUAGUUUUGUGGGCCUCUCCAUAUCCGCUUUUUAGCCAGCAUGGCCGUAUUUCAUAUCGCUCUGGCGACUCACUGUGCGAACAGCCAGUGCUUCUGCGCUGAGGUCAUUCCUCUUGAAACGCCGCCUCACAGCCAUGCAUUUUGAGCCUACAUGGCCGUAUUUUGUCCUGGAGUUUUUCUCUGGUGAUUUACUGAGGCGCAGCCAGAGCUGCUGAGCUGAGGUCAUUCCUCCCUCCAAGCGCCUUCAGAGCGCCUUCCAAGGCCCUGAAUAGCUCACCGUUUUAUCUCUUGAGCUGUGCGCGUGCGCCUCUGGCUGAACAAGCCAUGUCUUUCUGGCCUCAUGUUCCAAACGCGCAGAAUUGCGCGAUGAUUAUUGAUCCUGCAUCAAGAACAACAAGGGACGGUAAGCGGCUGUGGAUGGGAUUUAAGGGGAAAUGCUAUAUCUGUGUGUUGCUGUGUUACAGGGACGAUACGCUGAUCCAUCGGGAUCCCACGGCGAAAGCGGCUCGACACCACGCCAAGCACCACUGUUUCGGCGAGCAGCGCACAUUCGCCUAUCGCAUAAAGACAGGAGGCAGAAAGUACCUGUAAACCUACCACCUACUGGGAACCCAAACGCGAGCAACAGGUUUCUUGAAGAAGCGACGACACGACGAGCCGACCCACACUGGACCACGAAUCAGGGAUCCACACGAGUAACGCUUGCGACUCACGACCCGCAGCACCAACAGUGAACCUCGCGCCGUCCUCGCCACAUGGUGAAAAAAGGACGCUCCAAUCUCGUCUGCUAGGACUCACAUCGGCCAAAGCAGGAUGGUCCUGGACAUGCCACCUUUCGCAUGACAAAACGUUAAGUAACGUGCGACCUCGCAACAGCCUUCACACUGCCCCCACUACCGAUCAAACCAUGCGAGAGCGCGUGGCUGGAACCAGCGUGCGUCACUUCUGAUAUAACCCCCCAAAGAUAACCAUCUCAAGAUGCAGUGUGAACUUCUGAAUAAAGGUGGAAUGAAUUUCACUCGCCAUGGAACUUAAAAUAUGCUUCUACCUUGCUGCAUGCUUUUGUGUCAUUGUUCUUGUUCUCUCUACCUCCCAUUGUCCUGUGUAGUACAAGUUUAUUUAGCCUCCUUUGUAGUUCCACCUGUUUGUCGUUUACUAGACAGAUAGAUGGUGUGCAUAGGGUUGAUUUGAGCAGGGCUUGGGUGGAGCUAUGGCUGAAGAUGAAGAAGCAUUGCCGAAGAGGAGGACGCAUUAAGAGGAGGACGCAUGAAGAGGAGGACGCAUGAAGAGGAGGACGCAUGAAGAGGAGGACUCAUGAAGAGGAGGACGCAUGAAGAGGAGGACGCAUGAAGAGGAGGAUGUUGCAAAGGGGGUCCAGAUGCUGAACACAUUGGUUCAGGCACGUGAAGGUGUCAGAGCAGGUGUAAGAGCUUUUAGAGAUGAUCGCUAAAAUGUCUACACACAUUUUUGCGCAAGGUUUAUCGGGGAUAAUAUACGUUAUUUUGAACACUUCGUUGAGUCGCAUCAGAAUCUGGGAAACACCCUCAUGCAGCCUCGUUUAGGUCACACGAACGAACCGCCAAUCAGAAUGCCU